CAUUGCUGUCGAAAUUUGAACUAGUUAAAAACAACAACACUAUUUAAGACUAUUUAAAUAUAGAAAAAUAUACAAUGGAUUCAGAAGUCGAUAGUGGUGAAAGCAUUUCAAAUGUCUCAGUAAUUUUAACGGACUCCGAUGAAACUGAGGAAUAUAUUGUAGAGAAGAUUUUGGAUCGAAGGAAUUACAUGGGCCAAGUGCAAUACUUGGUCAAGUGGCUAGAUUAUGCCGAUGAAGAUAAUACCUGGGAAUCGGCCACAGAUCUGGAUUGCCAUUCCCUGAUUAAAUCGUUUGAACAAAUAAGUCUGAAGAGGGCUCAAGAUCUGAAUAAUCUAUACGAAACUAAAGCUAAACGGCUGAAAAUUGAUCCUUGCUUAGUUGUAGAUAGUCCCUUUAAUCAUGGAUUCACAGCUCAAGAAAUUUUGAAGGGCUAUACAAAUAAUGGUGAAAUAUCGUUCCUAAUUAGGUUUUGGCAUCUCGAUGAACCUCAGGUGGUGCCAAGUGAAAUGGCCUAUGUGGAAAUACCGCAGAUGGUUCUGAAAUUCUAUGAAAAUCAUUGCAGCUUUCAGGAUUAUUUAAAUAAUUACAUUUCCUGACUUGCAUAGUUUAUAUCUCAGUUUAAAUUAGUAAAACUGACUGAUUUGACGUCCCAGAGAACUUUAAAGUGUAUGCUAUACUUCUUGCAGAGUAAAUAAUAAAAGGCGUCCCUUGGCACAGCAUU